GUCAAAAGGUAUUCCGAAAGCUUCCUGUUUAUGUACUUACUUCCGUUUUGGUCCGAGACUUGCAGCGAAAAUGUCGGCGACACUUAAGCCCUAUCUGAAUACGGUGAGACACACUCUCACAAGUGCCAUGUGUCUACAGAACUUCGACUCACAGAUGGUAGAGCGACACAACAAACCAGAAGUAGAAGUCAAGAGUAAUAGGGAAUUAUUACUUACACCAGUAGUUAUCAGCAGGAAUGACAAAGAAAAAGUGUUGAUAGAGGGCUCCAUUAACUCUGUGAGAAUCAGUAUAGCUGUGAAACAGGCAGACGAUAUUGAGAAGAUUUUGUGUCAUAAGUUCAUGAGGUUUAUGAUGAUGAGAGCCGAAAAUUUUGUAAUUCUUCGACGAAAGCCAGUGGAGGGCUACGAUAUCAGUUUCCUCGUCACAAAUUUCCAUGCAGAACAGAUGUACAAACACAAGCUGGUCGACUUCGUCAUCCACUUCAUGGAAGAAAUUGAUAAAGAAAUUAGCGAAAUGAAACUAGCUGUCAACUCCAGGGCCCGUGUCAGUGCUGAAGAAUUCCUCAAGCGUUUUUAGGGACAUUUAAAGGAUUAAUGAAGAAAUUUCAUCAGGGACUUUCAGAUAUUAAAUGGGAGCUACCGAGCAACGCUGGACUGAGAAGGACGUGUUCUCCGUGGAAGAAACUUAUGACAUAACUUAGAUUUGAUAUAUAUAAGUAUCAAUAUUUUUACCAUUAUAUUUCAUUAUGAAGAAGAGUGUAAACAAAUCCUACUGAAAGCUGUUAUUGACCGAUAUUUACACCAAGGUGUUAUUGACCAAUAUUUACACCAAGGUGUUAUUGACCGAUAUUUACACCAAGGUGUUAUUGACCGAUAUUUACACCAAGCUGUUAUUGACCCAUAUUUACACCAAGCUGUUAUUGACUGAUAGACACAUAUUGACACCAAGGUGAAAUGACGAGAACAACUUUUGGUGGAGAUUGUUUUGUAUACGUGAAUGGUGUUUUGUAUACGUGAAUGGUCAUGUGAAUAAACCUGGUCAUCCCUAUAGUUUAUAAAGGACUCGUUCUUAUGAAUGGAUGGGGGAGUUGACUUAACAAAAUGUGCUUUUGAAGAUUUAGGUAGUAGAACUCUCUAAUUUGGCAUACAGAAUUCAUUUGAACUUUCCAUUUUAACACUUGCUAGGGAUUGAUAUGAAGUCUGUAAAUAGCUAAUGCCUUGGGUAAUUGUCCAAACAAAAUCUAUUCACUGUCUCCCUUCAAGACAUGAUGUGUGGUCAAAAUGGUCAGACAAAUAACAGAUAUCUGAAUAAUUUCAAUCUCUGAUAAAAAUUACUGUACCAUUCUAACAGUUCCACUGUCUUGAUUCAGUAACAGAAAGAUUUUUAUUAAGUUCUAAGACAGCAAUCUGUUUAUGUGUUACCAAGGUUACCAUUAUAUCACAUGGUGAGAUGUAUAUUUAAGAGUUACCUGCGUAACUUGGUGCAUUUCGUAAUUGUCUGGAUAAUCUACAUGUCAUUGUUACCUGUGACUACGGUCAAUAUAAAGUGCCAACAGUUUUUUCAGCAUUCAGGUUCAAAAUUUGAUUUGGUUAAAUUUCAUACUUCAUCAAUGGUUUAUAUUAUUUGAAACUUGAAAAUUUGCAUCUUCUUAAGGUUUCUGUAAAGUUAAGUUCAGAUGCUUGUCAGUUUGUAAUUUGUCAGCUGAUCUUAUGAGAAUGAGCUCACCAACUUAUUAACCUGUUCCUUCGUGGUCUAUUGAACAUGUCAGCCAGGAUAUUAGGUAGGGGGGUAACAAUGCAUGCAUUUGUCCGUCAGACUAUUUCUACUUGGCGGACAUCUUGCCUAUCUAUAUUAUUUAUGUAUGUAAGUGGUAUGUAUUUGUACAUUGUAUUUAUCAUGAAAUAAACACAUUCUCUAAUUCACCUUCUAGGUAUACUAGAAACUUUAUCAAGGUAUACAUUUCCAAAUGCUUAAUAAAGUUAAUUUUUAACACAA